UCCCUCCUCGCCCUAUUACUCAUCAAUGUCUCUAAGUUAAUAGUCGUGUAUUUUGUUUCUUUCAUGAUAUAUUUGCUGUGAAGAUGGGGAACUAGUUCCAAAAAUUUGCACACCCACGUGUGCCUACUACGCACGUAAAAUAUGAUUGCCAACAUGGCGCCCUCACCGGACACUUUCGUCCCUCGACCACCUUUAUCAUCAUCAUUGGAUACCGAUCGCUACCGACUCGUACCAUUACUCAUUACAUCUGUGAACAUUUUCAACAACUACAAUAAUGAGUGCGAGCCUUUGGGAUCAGUCAGUGGCUUCGGCCACUGGCCUGCUUACUAAUGAAGAGUGCUCUUUGCUGCUCGAUUUCGACAUUUUCAGUGCCGAACAUGAUCUGCUCAAAUCUCUCCCAACAGUUGCGCCGAAGAUCGAACUUGGCAAUUUCCAGCUGCACGAUGAUCCAACUGUCAGCCUUUACCCUCCGUCACCGCCGGAGUCCAAGCCAAGUCGCGCUGAACUUGCCAAUGAUCUUCUGCAACAGCUCGACAACCAAUUUAAACAAGAAAACAUCUUCCCCAACUGGCUGGAGGAGAAAGUAGAACUACCAAUAUUUGAGAACAUUCCUCAAUAUACAGAACGCGUGGAGGUGCCGCCUCCGCAACAGCAGGCGCCAGUAGCGGUUCCUGUUUCUGCGGGUUAUCCUACGCAGCAACCUACUGAAGAAUUACUUCGAGAAUUCGAGACCGUCUACGGAGUAGUCGAGUUAACCCAUUUGACACCACCUCAAAGCCCACCCGGCCCCGCUAGCCAACUUCUAUUGAGCUACGCCCAACAAGCUCAAUGUACACCGCUAGCACCUAUUUUACACAUCACUCAGCCGAAUGAACCAUGGCAAAUAAGCCCUGCAGCUGCCGUUCCACCUUUGCCUGCUGACUAUGAUUCAGAUCUGCAGGCUGUAGAAGAACUGGUUCGUCACCGCGCCGCUCAGCUUCCCUCUCCGUUGCCGUUCGACGACAGUACUUCAAACUCGCCCCGUUCAUCUCCCCCGUCUUCUCCACGCUCUUCUUCAACUGAUGAAGAAUGGUCUGCGCCUUCUCGGCCUAAACCGUACUCGCGUCCUUCUGACGACCGUCGAUCUCGUAAGAAGGAACAAAACAAAAACGCAGCAACUCGCUAUAGGCAGAAAAAGAAGGCAGAAAUCGAAGUACUGCUUAGUGAAGAGCACAGUUUGCGCCAACGCCACACUAACUUAGGCGAAAAGUGCUCUGACUUGCAACGUGAGAUACGCUACCUCAAAGGACUAAUGCGCGAUCUCUUUAAAGCUAAAGGUCUUAUCAAGUAAAAUCAUCUUCUCCGCCGCCUCCAGGAAUAAUUUGUCAGUACUAUAUGUACCAGAAGAGCUAUUAUCGUGAACAGUUCAAAAAGAAGUUUCAGGAGUUUUGUAUUUCGUAUCGUGUGUUAUUAUAAAGAUUUAUUAUGUAAUCUUAAAUUAAGUCGCUAGUAUAUUUUGGAUGAGCAGAUCCGAUCACCCAUUGAGCAGCACAUAGCACUUACAUUAUUUUGUCAAGAGCCCCAAAAUGUGUAUUAAUAACCAUCACGUAUAUCAUAGGUGGCGCCAUUACAUUAAUCAUUUUUCAUUAAUUAGAGGAUAGGUCGCAUUUGUUGUUAUGAAAAUGUACGUUUGAAAAAUUAUUUUCCUGUAAUGUUAUGCUCUUAGCAUUUGUUAUACAUUUAUUUCCAAUUUCGUAUUGUUUUAUGUUAUUAUUGACAUUUAUAUUGAAUUGUAUUAACAGUGUUAUAUUUUCAUGCAAUAUAAGAAAUGCGACGGCGGA